CCCCCUCCCCCUCCCCGGCGUCCUCGAAACAUACACCCCUGCUCGGGCCACCCCCCUCCGGCCCUUGGCUACAUCUCCACCUACGCAGCUCCCAGUCUCCAAGCAUGUCCGCCGAUGUGGGUCAUCACACCGCCCGGCGGGAGGCCAAGCAGGAGCGCCACUUCAUCAUCCUCGACAUUGGGGCCGGCCUGGUGAAGGCCGGCCUGGCCGGGGAGUUCGCGCCGCGCCUGAUCUUGCCGACCGAGGAAGCACUCAAUCAACCGCGCGAGCUGGCGCGCAUUCUUCCCGCCCGGCCGCGCUAUGGACGGCCGGCCUCGACGGCCGGCGACCAGACGCCGCCGGCGCGCCUGUCCUUCGAGGAUCUGCUGGCUGGCGCCGCGCAAGCUGGCGCCGCGGACCCCGGCCCGUACCGGCGUGCACGGGCCGCCCUCCGGGGCCUGGUGGAGACGCUCCUCCGGCGCAUGGCCCUCGAACCACGGGAGUACCUCUUCGCCCUGCUGGACUCGCCCUGGACCACGCUCGGGUUCAAGCGCCUUGCGGCGGAUGUCCUGCUUCUGGACAUGAAAGCUUCCUUUUUGGUGUUUGUCCCGGCUCCCCUGGCCGCGGCCAUUGCCGCUAACCGGACCACGGCCCUGGUGGUGGAUGCCGGCCACCGGGCGGCCACUUGCUCGUUGCUGAUGGAUGGCUUCCUGCCGGCAGCCGAGCCCGAGCUGAAUGUCCAUUCGCCGAUGGCCGGCGGCCCGGGGCUGCGCACGGCCCUGGAAUUUACCCUCGCCCGGCGGGGCCAGCUUGUGUCCGCGGCCACCGGCCAGGAACUGCCGGCCGAUUCGUGGCAGGCCAUUCGACUGGCUGACUCCUUCCUGGAUGGGAUGGUCUUUUCGCUGCGCGGUGCUGGGACCGGGGCCGGGGCCGGGGCCGGCGCAGCAACGCCCCCACCAGCGGCCGAGCCCCGGGGGCUGGCCUUUCUCCUGCACCCAGGGGACUUCAAGCUCGAUGGCGAGGGGCCUGCGGUGGAGGCGCUGGCGGCCGCAUCCGCGGCGCCCGGGGGGCUGCUUGUCCGUGCACCGGCUCGGGUCCUGCCGGAAGCCGUGUUGCUGACGCUCUUGGGCCCGGGCGCGGGCGGGGCCCCAGCCUCCGAGGGGGCUCUCCCGUUGGGGGGCCUGGCCGGCGAUGUGGCCGGACUCCUCCUCCGGGCGCCCAUCGACUACCGGGCUCCCUUGGCCUCGCGCAUUGUGCUGACUGGCGGCAUGCUUGCCUGUCUGCCGGCGCAAGUGGUGGCCUCGGCUGUGAGCGUCGAGCUCCGGCGCGCCGGGGCCGACGCCCUUUCUCGGCAUGUGGCGGUGGUCGACACGCUGGCACCGCCGGCAACGGUGGCCUGGCGUGGGGCGUCGCUGGCCUAUUCACAUGUGUCGUCGUGGCCGGGGGCUGCCACGUCGGCGGCCGCGGCGGCGGUCAUGGCGGUGGCGGUGGCCGCGGCCGAGCCGCGGGACCUUGUGCGUGGGUUCUUCUGCCUCAGCCAGGCGACGUGGGUCCGGGCGGCCGGGCCGCUGGCCGAGGCCCGGCGCGAGUGGGCCGCCGCCCUGGCCCUCGACCCGGCCGAUGAUGCCGAGGUGAAUGAGUGCCGGCGGGUCUUCCGCCAGGCCCUGUCCGCGUCGCAGGCGCUCAUCCCGGAUUGGACCUCAUCGCGGGGCAAGCCGCUAGCCACCGGCGCCGGAGGGCAUGGCCAUCUGGCGCGCCGGGGAGGCGGCGCCGGUGCUCGCCGACCGGGGGCUGCCUCGGCCGCGGUGCACGCUGCCCUGCUACAGUAG